UCCACUUUGUAUUUUUAUUUUAGUGUUUUUUUCUCCUUCCCUGGCUUUUUUGAUCUGUUUUUUUCUCAAAAUCUUUCUUCUUGAUAUCUAUGGAUCUGCUGUUUCCAAGAAUUGUGACAAUGGAUUUACUUAAACUUACGCUGUAGAUUUUCUUUGUGUGAUUUGUAAUUGAACACUUUCUUCCAUUUCAAGAUCAAGAAAAGACUUUCUUUUUCUUUCUAUCCAUGAAGCUUUCUUGAACUUAUCUUCCGUGGAGAGGGAGGAGUAUUUCUCUGGUAUGGAGGAGGAUUUUAAAAGGAAAGAUUGCUGAUUCUGUUAUAGAAGCUAGGGAUUUGAGGAUAUGGGUGAGAGAGACAGUAACCAGAACUGGAUGAGCAGUAACCAUUGCUUUGACAGUGAUAAAAAUUGGUCUCUUGCACCUUCAUUGCAGCAGUCUCAUUCUUCUCCUCUGGUUUGGAACAACACCUUAUCAUCUGCAGAUGGGAGAUUGUUUCAUAGUUUUCCUGAAUACAAUUCUUUGUCUAGGUCUGCCUCUGGAUCACAACUGAACUCAUUGAACAAUGUCCCAAAUCAAGGAAUGCCUCUUUCAUCAUCUUCUACUGGUGAUUUGCCCUCCCUUCACAUGAAGGAAGAAGAAAAUGCAGUGGCCAGUUGUUUUACAAACAAGUUGCCAUUGAAUUCCCACAUAGGAGGAGUCACUGCAACUCUGCAAAGUGCUGCUAGUGUCAGAGCCAACAGAAAGAGAAGAAUGGCUAGGCAUAGAAGAGUGAGUAAUAUGACCAUGGAGAUAAAUUUGCAGCAGACCUCACCUCAGCAAUCCCAUUCCAUGGCUAAUUUAGAGGAGUCCCAAUCCACUGUGCAGCGUCAUAAGCCUAGAGGUAGAGGUUACAUUGACAACAAUGUAGACCAGAAAGUAAAUGAUCAGUCUUUGCAGGAGAUGGUGAAAAAAGAUCUCAAGUUUCUUCUGCAGAAGGAGCUCCGAAACAGUGAUGUGGGGUCUCUCGGAAGGAUUGUGCUUCCAAAAAAAGAAGCUGAAGCUCAUCUUCCCACCCUUACUGCUCGGGAAGGAAUGGUGUUAUCAAUGGAGGAGACUGAUGGCACAAAAACAUGGAACUUCAAAUACAGGUUUUGGCCCAACAACAAAAGUAGAAUGUACAUCUUAGAGAACACAGGAGAGUUUGUAAAAACCCAUGAACUUACUCGUGGAGACUUUAUAAUGAUGUACAGAGAUGCAGCUAGAGGAAAAUAUGUAAUAAGAGGAAAGAAAGCUGGAAACAGUCAAGAAAGUUCAGGCAAUUCUGGUGAAAGAAACAUAAUUUGCCCGUCCUCAAAUGCAAUAGAAGAUGGUAACAGCAAUGUUAAAUCUGUGAAUGAUAAUGGCAAUGAGGUGAACAGCAAUGUUAACAAUAUGUCUCAACCAACAGUGGAAAUUGCAUACAUGGGUUCUGCUGUGGAGGACAUAUUCCCUAAGGAUUUUUCAAUUGAUUUUGCUACUGGCAUACCCAAUUCUCCUAAACUGGAAUCCAUUCCGAGUUUUGGCUCUGAUGAAAUGUCCAUUGAAGACUUUUGGAAUAAUUAGAUCCCAAUGCAAAAGAUUUAUCACUUUAAUGGGAUUUUUUGUUUCUGAAUUCCAGUUAUGUUGGUCUUGAAUUUCAUCAGUGAUAUCAUUUUGGAGAAUUCAAGAUUGAUAUUGUAUUCUAAAAACGGACAGUUUAGAGGAGAUAUUUCCUCAAUUUCUUUUGCAGCCUAUCAAUUUUGUGAAGGACAAAAAUAGUUUUUCCCCUUCCUAAAAUCUAUCAUAUGGGGUUAUUAAUAUCUAUCAUAUGGGGUUAUUAAUAUCUUUUUGAUGUGAAAUUCCUUCCUCAAACUAUUUUUAGAGGUCUUAGUUAGUCUGGGUUGGAAUGUCAAUCUACGAAUAUGUCUGUACUUUUGGUUAUUGUUCUAUAAUUAAAUAGAACUAAUCGUAUCUAAUUGUGAAAAGAUUUUAGA